UACACGUGUAGAUGAAGGUAAUAUGACCGCUUCUUUUUGUCAUUUCCAGGUGUGGGUGAGCGGCGGGGCGUGGCAGGUGCACCGGCGAACAAAGACCCAGUGUCGCCGAGCGGAGGUCAUGCCCGGCGGUGCUUCUUCGGCAGCUAUGGAGGCGGCGAUCUCUGACACCGAAGGGCUGAGGGUUGGCCACAGUUGAGCAGCCCCGAGACGAGGCCGGCUACUCCCCGCUGGCUGGCGUGACUGCCCUCUGUGUCUCCCGGGCUCACCACCAUGGAUGACAGAGUCAUGAAGUAUUCCUGAAGUUGCCGCAGCAUCCUCUUCGCACACUGUUGACCCCAAGAAGUACAUCAGAACUGGACCAAACACACCAUCAGCAGAUCACGUCACUGAGGUGCCAGUGGGAGUUCCUCUGAGGUGACAGCUGCAACAGCCACCUGCCGAGCCACCGACCCGCCACUCACCAAGAAAUAUGGGAGACUUGAGGGUCGAGGGUGGAGGGCGGAUGGUGAACGGCGGCGACCUGAUAGUGAAGGAUGGUGAGAGCAGCGACGCCCACGAGACUGACAGCGGCAUUCAUAGCGGCGACGACGUGGUGGACAGGGUGUGUGGCGGCGAGGCGGCGCGGGGGCGACGCGGCAGGCAGCAGGACCCCGUGCGGGAAGGUGACGCCGAGACAGUGAUGGAUGACAUGUCGGAGCAGCAGAUGGAGGGCGAAGGACGGUCAGGAGAUAAGAACUGGGAGGGGAUGUCUUUCAGCAUCAAAGAGGUGGAUGACCUGCAGAUGAUCGACUUGGAUAAGGGCGGCGCGGGGCACAGAAGACAAUUACCAAAAAUGGACAGAAAUUACAGCGGCGAAAGGAGAGCGUCGCCGAGAUACAGUUACGUGGACACACGAGAUAAAGACUUUGACGGGGAAGUGAUUGAUGGGCGGGGGGCGGCCUCAGGGGGGGAGAGGCUCCCUGGCUCCCCCGAAUCCUACAAAGCGGAGAGGUCAGCGUACGGGCGGGAGAGUGAGUCCCCGGACACUGACAUCACGGUGUUGGUGCACGACAACUCGAGGAGCGGCAGCGAACGGGGCCUCGACGGCAAGUACGGCGCGCUGCACGGGUCUACCGUGGGCACGCCUGGCAGCGACCUGUCGCCCGAGGCAUCACGCGCCCGGGGCGGUGGUGACCCUGACUCCCCUGUCAACCACCCCGGCGUGACUACGUGGGCACCGGCUUACGGCAACACUCCCGAAAUACGAGUUCGUAAGGACUCCAGCGACUGGAACAUAUCCCCCACGCCCUCCUCUCCCUCCGGGGAAAGCCCCAGGUCGCCAAAGAAUAGUUCUGCUGACGCCCAUAUAUCGGCCAAUAAAAAGUUUGUUUCCAAAUCCUUAAGCGAAGGAACCAUCCAGACGGACCCAGUAAGGGCCAGACUCUUCCCGCUAGUGGAGGGCCGCGGAGCCUGCCGCGGCGUGCAGUGUAGACUCGACAUCCAGGAGGAGGUGCCGGAGGAUCUGGAAAUCAAUGGGGAGAGGGAUAACAGGGACAUGAAGCUACGGCCGAGUAAGGGGCGGCGUGUAGACCUGGAGUGGCAGAUGAAGGACACGCUGAUGGUGCCCGGGGAACGGCCUCCACGGCGAGGCCGAGGCUCCUACGACGACACUCCCUCCCUCUCCUCUCCUUCCAGUCCCGAGGACGAGGAGUCCCGCAGAUUCUCCCACUCCUCCACCGAGCUCACGCCGCCACAGGAGGUGUGUGGCGGGGGCAGCAUGCAGACCCUGGCGGCGCCGCUGCCCGCCCACUGCACCAUCUCGGGGCACAGAGUUGUGGACCGGAGCAGCUCGACGCGAGAAGCAGACCCCACCGGGCAGAUCUUCAAGCGAGGCCACGUCUACCACGGCGUGUACUUCCCCACCCUCACCAACAGUUUCCGGGACCAGCAACUCGAGUCGGCCUUCCAGCGGUACUCCCACAGGCAACGGCAGCGGUCCCUCAUGAUGGUGAACAGCGUGGACCUCGCCCUCAAACUGGCGGUCCUUGUCAUCAUCCUCACCACCCAGAGCAGAGAGCGGGAUGACCUGGCCACGCCGAUCGCGUACUCCCUGUCGUGGAUGGUGGUGAACGUGGUGCUGUGCGUGCUGUCCUGGUGGAGAAGGUUCGCCAACAACUACCUCCACUGGGGCGCCCUUGGAACCUGGCUCGUCCUCAACAUUCAAGGGUGUAUCUCGCAGGUGCUGGAGGCUCAAGACCUGGAGGCGGGGGAGCAGGGGGAGAACAUGGUGUGGUACCUUCUCUUCAUCGUGUUCGUCACCUACUCCAUGCUGCCGCUGCCACUGCGCUGGGGCAUCCUCGCGGGCUCCCUCACGGCCCUCUGCCACCUCGUCCUCACCUUCGUCUGCUACUACUCUAACGAGGACCUGCUGACCCCCGUGCUGGCCAACGUGACGCUCUACGUGGCCAUCAACUUCGCCGGGAUGUACACCAAGUAUCUCACGGACCGGACGCAGCGGAAGGCCUUCUUGGAGACCCGCCGCGCCAUGGAGAUGAGGUGCCGCACGCAGAAGGAGAACGAGAGGCAGGAGAAGUUGCUGCUGUCAGUGUUGCCAAGGUUCGUCGCCCUCGAGAUGAUCAGGGACAUCGCGAAGGAGGAGGAGCGCGGGGAGUUCCAGCCCUCGCAGUUUCACAAGAUCUACAUCCACCGGUACGAGAACGUGUCCAUCCUCUUCGCCGACAUCAAGGGCUUCACCGCCCUGGCCAGCCGCUGCAGUGCCCAGGAGCUUGUGAGAGUCCUGAACGACCUCUUCGCCCGAUUCGACCGUCUAGCCAGCGAGAACCACUGCCUGCGGAUCAAGCUGCUGGGAGACUGCUACUACUGUGUGUCUGGUCUGCCCGAGGCGCGCGAGGACCACGCCCAGUGCACGGUGGAGAUGGGCCUACACAUGAUACGCGCCAUCAAGCUUGUGCGCCAGAGAACACAGGUGGACCUGAACAUGAGAAUCGGCAUCCACUCCGGCUCGGUGCUGUGCGGGGUGCUGGGUCUCCGUAAGUGGCAGUUUGAUGUUUGGUCCUACGAUGUCACGCUCGCCAAUCACCUGGAGUCUGGAGGCAUCCCUGGACGAGUGCACGUGUCCAAGGCGACGGUGGAGUGCCUGAAGGGCGUGUACGAGGUGGAGCCCGGCAUGGGGAUGAUGCGGGACCAGUACCUCAAGGACCACGGCGUGGAGACCUUCCUUAUCAAGAGGGAGGAACCGCUGUGCACCCGCCGGCGUGGCCCCCGCUUCUCCCGCUCCAGACUUUGGUCCGAGGACGAGCGAAGCAACAAUACCAUAUCCCAUUCUUCCAGCUCCUCCGUGAAGCAGAAGUCAAACCUGCCCACCAUUACUACUACGCCGUGUGACCUCGAGGAAGACGAGUGCAACGACCUGGGCACCACCACUCUCGUCAUGACCACAGACGACUCUCGCCGCAUCCACCACCACCACCACCACCACCGCCAGCCUAACCCGCCCAGCAGCAACGGCCACACAGUCACUGCCCCGACCCAGACGCCCGCUGACCAGGAACCAGUUAAUAAUGAUGACGAGGGCAGCAAAGCCACUGACGCGCCGGGCAGUCGCUCAGGUUCACCCAUCAAGCUGGACGAGAUCGUGACAGACUGGAUUCCCGAGAUUCCCUUUGGAAAUCUGAGCUACUACCUUUGGAAAUGGCUCUCUGCGGCCCGCCGCUCCCUGGCGCGUAAGAGGGCUGAGGGCAGACUGGGGUCCCUGCUGGAAAUGGACUGGGAGGAUGAUGCCUUCCUAGAUGAAGACUUCCCUGAAGCUCUUGAGGAGGAAGAAGAGGACACAGAAGUUGCCCAGUUUACCAGCACGGCCAGCAACUUUACCUAUGAGGUAGACCUGAAUUCAGGAUCAACCAUUAUGGUGGAUAACUUGAUGGACAACAGCAUUGAGAUUGAGUCUAACAAAAGAAUGAAGGCUGAACACAUGCAUCCCAUCACCCUGACCUUCAAAGACCUCGAGACGGAGGAGAUGUACCACCAGGUGCGCGCAGACCUCCUCAAGAGCAAUGUUGUGUGCACUUUCAUCAUCUGGGUCCUCAUUGUCAUCUGCCAGUCCAUAGUGGCCAGGGAGUGCUUAAAGUUGUUGGUGGCCCCCUUUGUCCCGGCAACCCUCCUGCUGGCAGUGGGCCUCUUGUUGGUGAUGGCCGAGGAGUUCCCGCAGCUGCCUCUCGGCCUCCGCCGCCUCUCUACCCGACUGGCUCGUGCUACUUUUGGCAGGAAGGCAUUCAUCUGUGCUCUGAUGGCCAUUAUAUCAGUACCAUCAAUGCUCACUCUGAUACUAGUCAAUGAAAAAUGUACCGUAAGCAGUGAAGAGGUCUUCAAUUUUAGUAUAUCAUCAUCGAUACAGCCACCCCAAGUAACCAGAGUGAUAGAUGAUAACAGCUUAAAAACUCAGUCGUCCUCAGCGCAGGACCUUGGGUUAAACUUUUUUGAACCCAAAAACUUGUAUCGCACAACAGCUGAUGAUUCUCGCAAAAUCAUAAGAGGUGAUGUUAAUACCAAACAUGGACGUUAUUUAGACUACCCUAAUGAAGAAUCAGUUCACAAAGUAGGAAAUAAGCAGAACUAUGUAGAAAAUGCCUCUCUUCCCGUUGAAGUUCAAUUUAUCCAGAAAAGGUCUGUAAAUAUGUCCAAAGCAUAUAGUAUAUUAACAAGUGAUCCCCAGAAAAAGUUAGUGGAACAGUCUCAUAAUAGGGAAAGUGACUCUGCUAGUGAGAAGUGUAUUCAUAAUUCCAAAAGGGCAAAAUGUAGAACCAAAAGACCCUUGGUGAAAGUCUCAAAUGACCUGAAAGUUGACACAAGAACAAGAAUGCGACGCAGUGAGGAAAAGAAAAAGAGCCAAUACAACGACGGGAAAACUGUGCAUUCUGUAGAAAACCGGGACACUCACACUAAUGCAUCAGUUAUACAUCACACUCAUCCUUCAACUACUGUACACAAUGGUAUUCAAGUGGACAACCAAACCAUCCACCCAGACACAAAGGAAUCACCAGUUGUCACCAUCUACCCUCAGUAUUUUGUGUACACGUGGGUCCUGUGUAUGGUUGCUCUUGCCUCCUUCCUCAAGCUAAACUACCUGGUGAAGACAAUAGUGUUGGUGUUCAUGGUCACCUGCUACGGCAUCCUCAUCAUCCACUUCAGCAGUGAAAUUAGUCAGUGUUGUGGUGGGACUUCCCUCACUGCAAGGCUGGCAGUGCUGCUGGUCCUGUUUUUCUUCAUGGUGUCCUAUCAUGGCCGUCUUGUGGAAAUCACAUCCCGUCUAGACUUUGUGUGGAAGCAACAAGCCUUGAGGGAACUGACGGACAUGAGUGAAUGUCGUUUGUACAAUACUCAACUCCUGAAGAAUAUCCUGCCGGACCACGUGGCCACUUACUUCCUCUCAGAUGAUAGAAAAGGCGAGGAGUUGUUCUCCAAGGCUUAUGAUAAUGUGGGAGUCCUGUUUGCAUCCAUCCCAAACUUCACACAGUUUUACUCAGAGGACGUCAACAGGGGAAUGGAAUGCAUCAGGCUGCUCAAUGAAAUCAUAGCUGACUUUGACGAGCUACUUGAUGAGAAACGCUUUGCGUGCAUCGAGAAAAUCAAAACUAUUGGCAGCACAUAUAUGGCAGCUUCUGGACUUAACCCAACAGAGAAGGAUGCUGAGGACAGUCACGCUCAUUUAUGCGCCCUAGUAGACUUUGCACUGGAGAUGAAGGCUCGGCUUGAAGAUGUCAACAAGCAUUCCUUUAAUAAUUUCAGACUUCGAGUAGGGAUCAGUCACGGUCCUCUGGUGGGUGGAGUGAUUGGUGCCAAGAAGCCGGUGUUUGAUGUGUGGGGCAACACUGUCAAUGAAGCUUCUCGGAUGGACUCAACAGGUGCUAAUGACACCAUCCAGAUCCCCAAAGAGACUGCUCAGAUUCUUAAUUUUAGAGACUUCCGGCUACAGUAUCGAGGAAAGAUCUCUGUGAAAGGGAAGGGUGAGAUGGAUACAUAUUUCAUACUAGGAAGAAAGGACACCCGACAGAUGAACUUCAACAGGCAGCCAUCAACUUACAACUCACUGGCAGAAGUGGUUUAUGGCAUGGUCCAGGCACGGAAAAAGCAGACAAUAAAGAGAAGCAAUACAACAGUGAAGAGAGAUCGCCAACGGAAAGUUUCACCAUCCGAGACGGGAAUGUCUACAUCGUCUGUAAGUGGAGGCGGCUUUGGGGCCCGGGACUUCACCCCAGGACUCUCACGCAGGGGAGGCAAGCUGGAGAAGACCACAUCCUCACACCACAACUUGCGCAGCUUAGCAAGAGACGAUUAUAAGUCAGACUUUUCAAGCAGAGGGAAAGAUGAAAUAGUGUGAAGUGCAUCAAUACACUAUUUCUCUCAUACUUUGUAUUGAAAGACCCAAGAACUCAGUGAUAGAGCUCCUAAGUAAUGUGCACAAAACAACUGACAAAAAACAUGAACUUAAAGGAAAAUCAAUAUUCCAGAAAUUUCAUAAUGCCAUAAGUGUAAUUAUGCUUUAUGAUAAUGAGCAUUGCGCUUGUUUAAGGAAACACUUAGUGGAAUAUUGCCACCUCAGGUAUUGAUAAUUAAGGAAACAUAUACAAUGAAGGUUGAGGACAGUGACCUUUAUGAUAUUGAGAAAGUUUAGUGUAUUGAAAGUUUUCAACUGCUGCUGUUCGUGAAUCACAAUAUUUAUGUGGUAACAGUAGAAGCCACAAUAACUAUAAGAAAUCAUUUUAGAACAGAAAAUCUAAACGGAACAAAUUUUCUAUGACAAUAAGUUCAAAGGAAAAUGUGAUUAAUAUGAGCUGAUGGAGACAGAACAGUGGUGUGGUGAUGCAAGGUACUUGUAUGUGAUGUCCCAAUCUUUCCAGUAUAUUUCAUAAGACUUUGUUACUCUGUCAUAAAGUAAGCCUCCCCUCCCCCUUCCUAUCAUGUCUGCACAUGUGACAAAACUCAUCCAUAUUACUGCAUUCAUAUUCACAAUUACAUAAAUUUUCAUCACAUGCAUCACUACUUAGUGAUUAGCAUCCUUGAAUACUUUUUUAGCAGUUUGACUCAGCCCAAAGAUGUAAACAUAGUGUGGGUGUAUAGAAUGAAUGUACUGUAGAAAAAAGUCAAUGUAAUUUUUUAUUCUAAGUGCCAAAAAAAUUUUGAAAGAUUUUUUGCUGUGAAGAAUUCCAAGCUUCUGUGAUACUCUGACAACCCUGCUGUCAAUGUAUUUAAAAACUAGUAUUGCUAUAGAAACUGGUUCCUUUUGUUGAUAAAGAGUUUGCAUAAUCUUGGUGAUACCUGUGGAAGGGACAGCAGUUCUGAGGUCUAUAGUUUGUAUAUUUCUUUUCCUACCAAAAUAUUUAUAGUAAAUCCAAGUUCAUAAUCAUGAGAUUACAAUAGGAAACUACUUUCUUUGGCAUCUAGUAUUUUAUGUACGUAUGUAGUAAUUUAGGACAAAGUAUCUAAAUGAUUCACUGCAGAAAGGAGGACUAUAUAUAUAUUUUUGAAUGUACUUCUAUAAGUCAUAAACACACAAGAUGUCAGUAUACAUUACAAUAAGUACCUAACUGUGCAUAAUAAAUAUCUGAAAUAUAUAUCAAUUAUUAACCCUGUUCUCGCUAUGACUAUAAAGAACCAUUUCUGCAUAUCAGGAAUACACACACAAGCUCAUACGGUAAUGCAAUAAUGCACUCAAACACCAUCCACUGAUACCACCACUUUGCCACCGGUGUAACGGAGAGGUUUUACCACUUCUUGAAACACAUGCGAAAUUGGCCUAAUUCAAGGUAUGAGAAUUAUACCAUGGGUCCGUUUGGGGAAUGUAACAAUAAUUUUUGUCAUGAGAAUUUGAUCUUGCACCUGUCCGACCAGUAACGUAGGAAGGUCACCACAUUACCAGUGAGCCAGAGAUGUCCCCUUGGCCCAUCAUGUAAUAUUUGGGACACUCCAUGUACUACACAGGUUCCCUUCCCCUUUUAAAAAAAUAUUGUGUUUCAGUUGUCCACAAGUUUCUCUUUUAUUCAUCAAGCUUUCUAAACACUCAGAAAAUGUAGGUCAUCACUGCACCAUCAACCUCAACUAAGUCUAUGCAGAAACCCACUCCUGCCAAAACUAUGAAGGAUGUUUUUUUUACGAAGAAUUGAAGACUAAAGUGUUUGAUCAAAUAAUAUCGUACCAAUAUUAUUUGCUACAUACUUAGGUUAAUGUAAAGUUAGAGUGUAUGCUAUAUAGCUCAGUGCUCAUCUCCGUCCCAUUGGCCCUUGAGCCUGUGGUGGGAAUAUAUAUCAAUAUACGAUCCCAUUAACUAGGGAAAUGGGGCCAGUAUAGCUACGUGUGACAUCCAGGUUACCACAGUUAACCCUCCCAGGUACCACUUAUCUACCAGCCCGAAAGAGAAGAUGAACAGCUAGGUGACUAAGCUGCAUGCCGAUGACUACCCGGACCGGGAAUCGAACCCGGUGCCGCGGCUUCGUAGUUAUGCACGUUAACUACUGAACCACGGAAUUAAGGAAUUAUCCGCAUAUAUAAAAUGUGGUAGAAUAGAGGACAAACGUAAACUUCACCUCAGCCUGAAAAGUACAAUAAUGAAGUGUUGGACUGGACGAGGCUUAUCAUAUCAUGAGGAGAUCGAGAUGUAGGCUACACGUUGCGGAAAAGAAGAGAAGAAAUAAACGGAUGACAGCCAAUCUAGAACAGACAAGAAGGAAACCGCCAAGGGUAUGUCUGGGGGUUGUAGAAGCCGUGGUCCCAUGGCCUAAACAACAGCCCAUUAAAAUAGUGAAGGAGAAGCAUAGGGGUGGCCAUUGCCGCUUAGACAGCACAAAUUAAUAGCCCCAGCAGAGACAGUGAUAGACAGAGAGGAAUGGGAUAGGAGGCAAGAGAAGGACAACGGGGCAAUCUGUACGGUGUUUGGCAAGACAAAAAGGAAACGGAAAUACUGAAGAAGGGUAGGCCAUUGCAAACGCGAUACUUAGAUACAAAUUAAUAGCUUCAGUAAUAACAGUGAUAGGUAGAGAUCGAGGAAUGGAAUAGGAGGCUAGAGGACAACGGGGCAAUCUGUAUAGUGCUAGAAAAAAAAGGAAACGGAAACACUGAAGAAGGGUAGGCCAUUGCAAACGC